AUGGAACAUCUUCUAUCGUGGCAUAGACCACAAGUACAAGCUUUCAUUGGAUACACAAGCAAUGGAAACUUCAUGACCAAGACUGUUGAUGAAGCUAAGGUUCUUAUUGAGAAUCUUGCAGCUAGUGAUUGUAACAACUGUCCUGAUUAUGACCGCUCAAGCCGCACCACUACUAGCUCCCCUGAUUCUUUUCAAAUGACUGAACUCAAGAACAUGAUGGCUCAAGUUCUUAAGGGACAGCUCAAGCAUAUCAAUGCAAUAGAAGGGAUGAGUGAUGCUAAUGAAGAUUCAUCAAGAGAAUGCAUGGGAGAUUUCUCUAAUGAAGCCAAUGAAGAAGAUGUGAACUACAUUGGAAACUAUGGGAACAAGGGAUACAAUCCAAGCUAUCGCCCAAACCCCAACAUGUCCUAUAGAAACCCCAAUGUGGAGAAUCCUCAAGACCAAGUGUAUCCUCCAAGGUAUCCACAACAACAAAGACCUCCUUACCAAUCUCAAGGAAGUCAAUUUCAGCCAAGGCAAGGAUAUGAGCAGAGAUCAUCAUAUCCGCCCAAGGAGCCAUAUGCUUCUUCACCAAAUCAAGCUCCUCCAAACCAACAAGGUGGGAGAUUUGAAGGAAUCCUCCAACAGAUCAUGGAUGGCCAGAAGAGAAACACUAAAGAGAUGUAUGAGAAGAUGGACACUUUGUUCAGCAAUCUCAACACCAAGUAUGAUGCUGUUGCCACUCAUGUGAAGAAACUAGAGACUCAAGUCACUCAAACUAUGGAAGCUGUUAAGAGACAGGAAGCUGAAUCCAAGAAGUCCUUUUGCAACUCAGCCGCCAUAGAAGAAAGAUUUGAAGACCAAGUUCCAGAAUGGAUGCUUUCAAAACCUACUGUUGAUUGCAUGAUUUGGCCUGAAGAGAAUUACCCAGAGAGAGAGUCCAAUCGAGCUAGAAAGAGAAGACUCUUCCCAAAGAUUAUCCCCAAGACAGAUAACUCAGGAAAGUUUGUUGUGCCUUGUAUCAUCAAAGGUAACAUUCUUGAGCAAUCUUUGUGUGACACAGGAGCCAAUGUGAACAUCAUGUCUAAGAGGAUAGCUGACAAGAUAGGCCUCACCAAGAUAGAGCCAUCAUCCAUCUCCAUCAACUAUGCUGAUUCAUUCUCACAAACACCCUAUGGCUUUGUGCCUAAUGUGAUGGUGCAGAUUGGAAAUUGCUCUAUCCCUACUGAUUUCCAGAUUGUGGAAAUGAGAGAGAGUAGCCAUAGACCUCUCAUAUUUGGAACCCCUUUCCUGUCUACUGUGGGUGCCAUAUUUGAUUUCCCCAAUCAAAGAAUCUCUUUCAACAAGGUGAACAAGGGUAUGUUCUUCCCUAUGUGUUCAACAAAGAACUCUUUUGUUGACAUGGUCCAAGAGGAGAAAGCUACUUUGAAGCCACCCCAAGAAGGAGAAACUGAAGAAACAAUCAAGGAAGAUCCCAUUCCUAAGCCCAAGCAGCUUGCCAAACAAGCAAGGAGUAAGACUAAGGCCCCUACACCAAAACCGCCCAAGGGAUCAACCAAGAUUGAAGAUGAGGCCAAGCCAAGAAGGAAGGUUAGAAAACCUAGGUCUGGCCGCAACAUGAAGCUUCUAUUCCCAAAGGAGCUUAUUGAUGAGAAUCUAGAAGGAUUCAAGGAGAGAGUGACAAGAACUCUAAAGCUUUUUCCUAAGGCAGUAGUGCCAAGGGACAUUCAUGGAGAGAUUGUCUAUCCAGCUGUGAAUCACCCACCAGAUACUCAUUGCAAGGAGAAAAGACUUGGAGGAUCAAAGAUGCCUCUUGUCUCCAUCUUCUCCUGA